CUUUGAAUCGUUUUUUUUAUCGCCCAAUUAAUUAUCCGUUCUGGGUACUUUGAAUUUGAUUCAAAAUCGUGUUGGAAAGGCAUGAACAGUCAAGUUUGGAGAUGGGUUUUAGGGUUGAUGUAUAUUAUUGCUGUUGCAAUCAUAUGGAUUGCUGCUAGUUUUGUUGUACAAUCAGUUGUAGAUGCAGGUGUUUCUCCGUUUCUGAUAACCUACAUUUGCAAUUCAUUGUUUGUGGUUUACAUUCCCAUAGUUGAAAUUGGUCGCUUUUUGGAGGAUAGAUAUGGAAGUAUAUUCUUUUGGAGAAAUAGAAAAGAUUGUAGUUUGCAAGAAUUGGGAGAAUCAGAAGUGGUAGUGCUUCUUCACCAGAGUGAUACAGGUGUUCAAGUUCAAUCUGGUGUGGUUUUGGAACAACAAGAAUUGAAAUACCAUGAACAAGGUAUUGUUAUGGAACCAGAGAGUCAUGCUUGCAAACCUACUUUUGGCGAAGAUGGUAAUAAGGAUUUGGAUUCAAAAGGGCGUUGGACACGCAGCAGAGUGGCAAAGGUCAGCUUGCUGAUAUGCCCAUUUUGGUUUCUAGCACAACUCACCUUCAAUUUCUCCCUGAAAUAUACUACAGUUACGUCAAAUACCAUCUUAAGCAGUGCUUCCAGCCUUUUCACCUUUGUGGUCGCUCUUGCAUUUUUGGGCGAGAAGUUCACUUGGGUCAAGCUGAUUAGUGUUCUUCUUUGCAUGGGAGGAACCAUAAUUGUCAGCUUGGGUGACUCUGAAACCGGGUUAAGUGCAAUUGCUUCAAAUCCUGCGCUUGGAGACAUUCUUGCUCUUGUGUCAGCAGCCUUGUAUGCUGCGUAUAUAACCCUUAUUCGUAAAAAGCUACCAGAUGAUGAGGAGGGGAAAAGUGGCCAAGUCAGUAUGGCACAGUUUCUUGGGUUCUUAGGUUUAUUCAACCUAUUGAUAUUCCUACCCGUUGUCCUCAUACUUAAUUUUACCAAGCUGGAGAGUUUUAGUAUGCUGACAUGGAAGCAAAUUGGUCUAAUUGUUGGUAAAGGCUUGUUGGAUAAUGUGCUAAGCGAUUACUUAUGGGCCAAGGCCGUUCUUCUGACAACCACCACGGUAGCAACAGCAGGACUUACCAUUCAGGUGCCUUUGGCAGCUGUGGUUGAUUCCCUGACUGGGAAUGCACCCAAUCCCAUGGACUACAUUGGAGCCGCAGCUGUCAUGGUUGGCUUUGCAGGCAUUAACAUCCCUUCAGAUGCCUUUUCAAGAUCAAAGUCAGUCAGUUGCGAACUAGAAGAACAUGGAAAUGUCAGCUCAGCCUGAUUAAGAUCACCUUUUACUGGUCGGUCAAAACACAACAGCCACUUUCUUGCAUGUCUUUUUUUUGCCGGUGUUGAAUUAAUAUUUCCAGUGUAGCAUAUUGUGAGUUUUACAGAUGUUAUAUAGCAAGUGUACAACAUUCUUAAUUCUUUAAAUUACCAAUGACAGCAGGCACUUAUAAAUACAACUUCAUGAAUUUCAGGUAUAAA